AAUAUUUUCUCAUUAGCAAUGGGGAGAACUUUAAGUGGAUGGGGGGAGUUAAAUUAAAUGACCAAAUUCCACCAUUAAUAAACAAUUAAGAACCUUACUAUCUGCUCACUGACUCUGCUGUUAGCCCACUUUCACUGUCACAGUGUCACUCAAAUCUCAAUUGUAAUCAGUACUACUACACAUAAUUUAAAGAGAUUCACACACACAAUACACUUAGAUCUAAACUAAUCUUUGCCUUCUCUCAAUUCUGCUACUUUUCUCCUUCUUUGGAUUCCCCCUCAUUAAAACCCACCGAACUUUAAGCUUCAAUCUCCCUUUUUAAUGGCUUCUUCUAAAGAAGUUUCUACCAUGAUAAGACAUGGUAUUAUUUCAGACCCAUCAAUCUCUCUUUCCCCCAUUAAUAAACCCACUUCAAACUCGGAAAAUUCCAUUUCUUCUUCCCCUUCUAAACCCAUUUCUUUUUCUCCUCCUCCUUCAUUUUCUAGACCUACCCUUUUUGAAAUGAUGUCUGAAGAACAACUUAGAGAGUCUAAACAGUCAAAAGAUAAUAAUUAUAGAAGAUUACAGGGUAAAUUGUCUAGGGUUUUGUCGAAGAACCCUAAUUUUAUCGAUAGUAAUGAUAGUAGUAGUAAUAAUUUGGGGGGUUUUGGUAAUGGUGAUGUAAAACUUACUAUUAGUGGAAGAGAUGGAUUUAAGAUUUCAAUGGAUGUUCACAGGAAAGUUCUAGCUGAAAAAAGUAGGUUCUUUGCUGAAAAAUUGAGUGAUGGUAACAUUACUCAUUCAGUAGAAAUCUGUGAUUGUGAUGAUGUUGAGAUUUAUGUUGAAACUCUUGUUUUGAUGUAUUCUGAUGAUUUGAAGAAGAAAUUGAUGGGUGAAGAUGUUUCCACAGUUUUGGGCUUGCUUAAGGUAUCUGCUGCCAUUUUGUUUGAAGCAGGGAUUUUGUCGUGCUUAGAGUAUUUGGAAGCUGUUCCAUGGUCUGAAGACGAAGAACAGAAAAUCAUUUCCUGUCUUAGUCAACUUCAGCUUCACGACUCAGUUAGUGAAGAUGUUCUUCAGAGAGUAUCAACCGAACCAUCCACAUCUACACAUGCCGAUGAUAUGUUCAUGAAAAUGCUCACCGGUGUCCUCCAAGCUAAAGACGACAAAGCUCGUAAAGAGAUGAAGUCUCUUAUUUCUCGGUUGCUUCGGGAAGAUGUUGUAGACUACAGCAACUACGGACCUAAAAUUGAUGUUUCCAAAGAUACUCUUUACAGUCUCUGCCAAAGGUGUCUCAGUGCACUUAUACUUAGCCUGUCUGAAGCAACAUGCAUGGAUGAAAAUAAACAUGAUCGCAGUGCAAUAAUGAGGGAGAUAGCUCGUGAAGCUGACAAUAUACAAUGGAUUGUAGAUAUCUUGAUCGACAAGAAGAUAGGAGACGAGUUUGUAAAGUUGUGGGCAGAUCAAAAGGAACUCGCUGCUCUUCAUUCAAAGAUCCCGACUAUGUACAGGCAUGAAAUUAGCAAGGUAACAGCCCGACUAUGUAUUGCCAUUGGAAGGGGGCAUAUCUUGGUGCCGAAAGAAACCCGUUAUUGCCUUCUAUCCACAUGGUUGGAACAUCUAUACGAGGACUUCAGAUGGAUGAAGAGCGCGAGUAGAUAUGUGGACAAAAAAGUUGUUGAAGAUGGUCUUGGCCAAACCAUUCUUACGCUGCCGAUCUCUCAGCAGCAGUACAUCUUAAUGAAUUGGUUCGAUAGGUUUCUCGCUAAAGGAGACGAUUGUCCCAAUAUUCAGAAGGCAUUUGAGAUUUGGUGGAGAAGGGCUUUUAUAAGGCAGUAUACACCAGAUCAAGAUCAACACAUGCAGAUUACUGUGUGUGAUUACACUGACUGAUUCUGCCUGUAUGACCUAAGACAAUAUGUAAAUAUUGGAGAUUUGUUUUUGCUUGCUCAUUGAUGGCCUAGCUUUUUUUCAGUCCUCUGUGUCCCCUGCUUGCACUUAAGACAUAUGUGACAUAUAUUGUACCAAAUAAGCUUUUCAAUAGAUAUUGAAGCUCAGUAAGGUUGUUUAUAAACCCCUCCUGAAAGACUCUUUUCCAUUAUAAUAAUAUAUGGCUAUUUAUUUGCUCUUUCUACAGCUCCUGAGAGCUCAACUUAAUUCAAAUGUUUCUGUCAAACUCUUGAU